AAAUGUGGCAGAGGGGCCGUCUAUGUAUCGGUGGUCAUCAAAUAGAAAGACAUACUUGCUUACAGUGCAACUGCUUCCAUUCGUCACUUCCUGUUGUACGGAAAGGACGCUCACGGAAAAGCUCCGUCCACUAUUACCGGAGUUUUAAACUUUUGCGACCUUGGUGAAUACAGUUCGUGAUCACAACUUGUGAUUACAACUCUGCAAGUGAGUGCUGAGACUUCUGCCUCAAUUCGGACCCGCGAGUGGACUAAACUCACCAAAAGAGACAAUCAGGUGGAGCCGACAGCCGUUACAAGCAAGCUAUCAUGCUAGCCGCGGUUUGACAGCCGCACACGAAGCCUGAUUUUAAUAACAGGAUAACAUUUGGAGUUUUCCUGUGCAGCUUUUUCGGCCCACGAGGACUGGUGGGACUUUGGUGAGAGAUAAACUCGCCGUUAUAACGAAUAUUAAUCACCGAAGGCAUUGCACCACAAGCCAACGGCUAACUGACGGCGUUGCCAAGUAACAGUAACGAUGUCAAAGGCUCGAGGGAGAGGAAGCGCAACAAGCGGUGGCUCUAGCAGUUCUGGUCGAAGUACUCCAGAUUCAGUCAUAUAUACGGAAGAUGUCGAUCUAGAACAGAUUCCUGAGACAACCGGAGGUGCUCACUUAGUACCACAACCGCCGCCGAGACCCAACAAGGAUGACACAGUUAACCAGAUGACACACCUGAGUGGAAAUAUAGACAAAGCAACAGCGACAGCCUUGCAGAAGGUUAAACACCGCGCAAAAAAGCAAGAAAGAAGUUCAAUGGAAAAGAGUGAGUAUACCAUGGCGAAAACCAUGGAGGAUUAUGGAAAACAGAUGCAGCAACUUGUGGAGAAUUCCAACUCAAUGCAAAAACUAACUUAUAGUCUGCUAGUGACUACCAACGCCAUACAAAGAGAAAUGCAAGGUAUGAAAGAGCAAGUUCAGAGAGAAGCAUUUCAAAAUGAAAUGGGGAUAUUAAGGAAGGAAAUGCAAGGUCUGAGAGUGGAGAAUAAAAAAUUACAGGAAAGUUAUGAUGCACUGGGAGCCACUCUCAAAAAUGAAUGUGAAGAAAAGGAUAAAAUCAUUGAGAAGCUGAAAAACACCAUAGAUGACAUGGAUCAGAACACGCGAAUGAAUGACGUGGUCGUGACGGGACUUCGAAUCAAACCAAGGUCCUAUGCCAGAGCAGUGGCGAAUACUGAAGAACCAGACGAAAUGGAUGUCGCCUCAACAGAGCAACAAGUUGUUGAUGGAGUGCAAACUGCAAAAUCUUCAUCAAAGCAAAUGGAGGACCAGAGGCCAGAGUUCUUGCUGUCAAAGACAUCAAGGACCUAGAAAGAUAUUGAGGUCUCCCAACAUGGAGGAAAACAGCUUUAAUAUGCUACAAGAAGAUCUACAAUUGGACACUUUUUACUUUACAGAUCACAAACAAUAGGAUAUGGAAAAAGACAUUGAUGCGGACUUAAAUUUUUUCUCUCACAUUACAAACGACUGCCGUUAUUAUACGGAGGAGCAAUACAACAACAGUUUCAUCAACGACCACAAGUUAUCCAUCAUACACAUAAACAGCAGAAGCUUGUACGCAAACUUUACUAAUAUUAAACAAUAUUUGAAUCAAUUCAAAGAACCUUUCAAAGUUAUAGCAAUCUCAGAAACUUGGAUUAAUGCUAACAAAGGAAUGGACUUCGAGCUGGAAGGAUAUGAAAUGACGUGUGCAAACAGGAACAAUGCAAAUGGAGGAGGUGUGGCCGUAUACGUGGACAAACAUCUGAACUACAAAAUGUCAGGCAGACGCUACAGGAGUUUGAAGUCCAGGACCACAAGGCUGGCGAACAGCUUUUACCCACAGGCCAUCAGGCUUCUCAUCAAAGCACUCACACACUCCGCACGCAACACACACACACACUCAUAGCACUUUAUUUAUUUAUUAAUUUGUAUUAUUUAUUUGUAUUCAUGUCUGUUCUGUUGUUGUUGCUUAAUUUAUUGGUAUUUAUGUUUCUGAUCUUAUUCUUUCUUGUGUUUUCUUUCUUUUCUUGGGAGAAUGAACAGAAUAAGAAUUUCAUUGCAUGGUAUAACUGCCUGUUUUACUAUGCAUAUGACAAUAAAACUCUUGAAUCUAGGUGAGUGAUAAACAUAACAUGUAACUUAAAACUGUUAUAGUCCAGCACUAACAACAAUAUGAACUAUGAACAAUAAA